AUGGCGGGCUUCAGCGUCGACCUCAAGCUCGAGUGCCAGAAGCCGUGCCCCAAGAAAGCCGGCUCGCAGUCGGCGCACCGCUACGAGGCCUACAUGCACGCGACGACCGUCGGCGAGUACAAGGCCUUCGGCGGGUCCGCCGCGGACCUCAAGCACGACAUCCGCAAAGGGCUCAUCGAGGUCUUCCUCGCGGCCGGCGUGGCGGCCCCGGCACGAGCCGCUGUCGUCGAGGACCGUGCCGCCGUCGCGCUCGACGUCGCGCUCGCGCUCGAGGACGCCGCCGCGGGCGCGUCGCGCUCGACGUCCACGGAUUACUGCCACGUACUGCGGAGCCCCUUGUUACUUCCCUCACCCCUCACUGGACAAUUGGAAAUUUCCAGCGAGCUGGGGCGCAGGCACUUUCGCCUCACCUGGGAGUGGUUUGGUUUGUGGUCUAAACUCACCGACUCGCUACCGGAAACAUAUGUAUUGUACAUGUACCGCCGCCGAUACGGCUUCUCAGAAAGAAUUCCGCCGGCGGGCUGCUUCAGCAACGCCGGCCAGAUAGGAGCAUAA